CGACCCGAUAAAUAAAGCCACGCCUUAAAUCCAUCUUGCAUCUUCUAUAUUCUCUCUCUUUUUUUUUUAAAGAAAGAUUUUUUCUUUGUCUGAAUAGAAAUUUUGUUUGAUAAUUAGAAAUGGAAAGAUGGAGGGCGCGUUUAUCUCGGGGAAUGAGAUGCUGGAGAGUUUGCAAAUCAAACGAUGUCGUGCCUGUGGGGGAAACUUCUACUGAUCAAAAUGGUGGAGAGAAAGAAGGGGAGAUCGAGAAAAACCCUAGAGAUUUUGAUCGCGUUGAGGGUCCUCCUUUAGAUGAUUGUUGCCCAAUUUGUUUCGGUGCCUUCACUGUCCCUUGUAAAGCCAUUUGCGGUCACUGGUUUUGCGGCAGUUGCAUACUGCAGUAUUGGAAUUAUUCUGCAGCAUCUAAACCUUGCAAGUGUCCCAUGUGUGCUUCCAGCAUCACCAAGUUGACACCAGAGAUGUCAUUACAUAACCAGCAGGAUGAGGAAGUUAACAAAGUUCUGGUUAAUGUUGAUAGGUAUAACUGCCUUUUUGUUGGAGGGGCACGUGGUUUUGUUAGGAAAGUACGUGAGUCACCAUUAUUGAUCAAGAGGAUUUUCCAACAAAUGAUGGAUCCUGAUAGACCUGAUUCCUACCUUCAUGAAAUGCGCCUUUUUGCAAUGAUACUCAGUGUGUUGUAUGCUGCUACUCCAUUUAACUUCAUUCCUACAGGGGGUCUGGGAAUUGUUAGAUUGUUUGAUUAUGCUGCUAUUGCUCUUGUGCUUGUUCUACGUUUGGUUGGCAUCUACCACAGAAGACGACUCACCCAGCGUAGAGAGAUGGGCCCAAACAAGACUCUCCGUACGAUCUCGCAGGAUGCUUUUGACGAGCUAGUGAAGGAGAACAUAGAAGACCUCGGCAUGGAACCCAUCGAAGCCCUAGAAGACGCUAUCCAGACUCUCACUAUUCAAGGCGUCGAUCUCUCAGGGAUUGUGACGUGCGUUCCAGGAGAAGGUAGUGCAAAAGACAAUCCAAUUUUUCAGUGUUUGGAAAGAUUGAGGGAAUUGGAAUCUAUUUCAGAGGAUCAAAUUAGUAAUGAUCAUUUGGAUGAGAUAUUGAAGUUAUUUGAUAAGUUAAUAGAAUUGUGCAGUGUUGAAGGGUCUGGAAAUGCCGCUAUUGCUGUUAAAAAUGGUGGUAUUGAAUUGGUUUGCUCUUUUUGUUCCAAGAUCCCGGUUGAUUUCAAGCAGGUUCUUGUUUCGGCUUUGAAGAUAUUGGCAUUGUUUCUUUACGAUGUGCAAAGUACAGAAACAUUUCGGUCCAGUGGUGGACCAACAAUCUUGGCCAGCAUCUUAAAGAAUGGAAAUGAAAGUGUAGACAUUCUGGAUAGUGGUUUUACUGUUGUUGCUGUGGCUGCAACUGGCAAUGAGAUUCUGAAAGAGUCGUUCAUGGAAUUGAAAAUUGAUGAACUUAUUUUGCAAGUACUGAGUAGGCAGAGUACAGGAAACAUUCAGAGUUUAUAUGAUGCCAUUCGCGUCCUGUUAACUCCUGAUGAUAAUCGUGUUGUUGCUUCCCAAGUUUAUGGUUAUGCGCGAAGGUUUGCAAAGAUUGGAAUUGCAGGAGCUCUUGUGCAAUCAUUACAUGGAGGGCUUACAUCACCAAGUCUAGUUUCAGCAACCAUUGCUUUAAAGGCUGUUGCCGUCAAUGAUGAAAUAUGUAAAUCCAUUGCUGAAAGAGGUGGUAUUGAUGCAAUUCUCCAAUGUAUUGAUGACAGUGGUGAACAAGGCAACAAAGCCGUUGCUAGAACUUGUUGUUCAUUGUUGUCCAAGUUGGCAGGAAGUGACUCAAACAAGAGCGCCAUCAUAGAGAAGAGGGGUUUGGACAGGCUAAUCCGACUUUCAGCCAGAUUUUCUGAUGACCCUUCUGUCCUACAAGAGGUUAUGUCCAUCAUCACAGUACUCUCUCUAAGAUCCCCUGAUAAUGCAGCCCGUGCCAUUGAAGCUGGAGCUGGAGAGUUUGUCAUCCAAGCAAUGCAGAAGUUUCCUUCUGCACCACAAUUGCAGAGGAAUUCCUGCUUCAUGAUUCGAAAUCUUGUUGUUCGGAACCCAGAGAAUAGAACACUCUUGCUAAAUCAAGGGAUUGAGAAAAUUAUCAGGAGGGCUAGGGAAACCCAUGAAACCUGUAAGGAUGCUGCUACUGAUGCUUUGAGGGAUUUGGGCCUCUCUAACUACAGCUUAGACUCGCAUUUCGGCGGCAUGUAGUUUUUGGAAUUAAACAUACUUCCCCUCUUGUUUGAGUUUGUCGUGUGUAUUAGCCAUUGACAACACACUAGAACGCCCUUGUUGACGAUCCUUUAUGGACUGGAAGCAUUGGGAAGGUCAUUGCAGAAAAUAUGCAUUCGUCUCUCAGAUUGCGCAGAGUCCAAAAAUAUGUUCUUUUGACAGAAGAUUGAACACAAUUGAGUCCUAAAUAUCUUCUUUUGACAGAAAGCGAAUGAGCAUUCAUUGUAAGUUGAUCCUCAAUUUUCUAUUUGGAUUUAUGGAACUCGUGCUCCUGCUCCAACAUAAGAUUGUAUUUGUUGUAAGAUGCAAGUAUUUGAGGUUGAAAGUGGAAAUAUAUUUUUUCCUUGUAUAACCUGGUGUGAGCAUAUUAUGGUACAGACAAAUUAAUGUU